AUGAAAAGGAGAAGCCAAGAGGGAGGACUUCUUGACUUGGUUCCUGACAUAGGCAGACUAGAAAGACAGAGUAAAGCGGAAGCACAAGCUAGAAAGUUGAAAGAAAUAGAGGAUAUGGAGUAUCCUCAAGCUGUACCACUAGUUGUAAACCCCAACAAUGCUAAUCCUAUUCCAUUGAGGGAGCAUGUUCAAGCUGCAGGAAACCAACCAAGGGCACCACCACUAGCUCAUGGAGCUGCUCAGGCUGAUAUAUAA